GCUGGAUGGACUUAACAUCAGGUACAAGAACAGGGGGAGAGACCAGAGCAACUAUUUAUUAUUAUUAUUAUAUGAUAAAAUCACACCCACAAGAUCCAGAUCCACCACCAAAUCCAGAACCGAAACCAGAACCGAAACCAGAUCCAGAACCGAAACCAGAACCGAAACCAGAUCCAGAACCGAAACCAGAACCGAAACCAGAUCCAGAACCGAAACCAGAUCCAGAACCGAAACCAGAUCCAGAACCGAAACCGAAACCAGAACCAAAACCAGAACCAAAACCAGAACCAAAACCAACACCAGAACCAAAACCAACACCAGAACCAAAACCAACACCAGAACCAAAACCAACACCAGAACCAAAACCAACACCAACACCACCAACAUCAGAUCCACCACCAACACCAGAUACAACACCAGAACCACCACCACCAACAUCAGAUCCACCACAAACACCAGAUACAACACCAGAACCACCACCAACAACACCGUCAGAAUCAGAUCCGAUUUAUACCACUAUUGUCAAUACAGAAUCUACCACUGUUGAGAAUCCAAGUUAUACUACUGAUACCGACACUGAAUAUACUACUAGUACUGAUUAUAUUACUAGCACUACUACAGAUUCUACUACUAGUACAGAUUAUAUUACUAAUACCAGCACUGAAUAUACUACUACAAAUAUUACUGCAGAGACUAUUAUAGACAUAUUAAAAUAUAACUUGACAGUAGCAACUAAUAGCAUGACAGAGAUAUCAUACAGAGUUGAAAAAUUAUUUACUAGUGUUGUAGCAUUAGCACCAUUGACAUUAUUAUUAUUAGCUGCAUCAGUUGCAAGUGGAUAUAUGCUUUAUCAACAGAGAAAAAACAAGUCAGGAGGUUCACAAAUUUUACGCAGUAUAGGACGUGGCAAAGAAUUAAAACAAGUCAAGGACUUUACGGUCGGAAAAUAUAAUGUUGGUAAUAUUCUUUAUUCUGUCCCAGUUGACCUUAGUGAAAUUGAACCCAUAGAACAAAUAUUUGGUAAAACUAUUGUCAUUGAAGAUAAAAAUUGUACAGUUUAUGGAGAAGGUUCUAAUAAACCACCAGUUGGAAGGGGUCUUAAUAAAAGAGCUGUUAUCACAUUGGAUGAGUGUUGGGCAAUAAAUAAACUUACUCGUCAACCAAUAAAAGAUCCAAAAGAUUCUCAAUAUCAACAACAUAUCCUUAGACUAAAGAAUAUACCCAAUACAAAAUUUAUUACAUUUGCUCCAGCAACCGGAAGUUGGGUGUUUGAAGUAGAAGAUUUUACUAUUAAUGCGUGUACACCAAAUCCAACGUGCCCAACGUGUCCACCACCAAAAUCGUGUGAUCCGCUACCGUGUUCACCAGUAAAUUGUCCACCAGGAGAUUGUACACCAUCAGGAUGUCCAGCAGUAGAUUGCCAACCAAUAGAUUGUCCAGAAGAAACGUGUAUACAACCAUGUGAUCCGGAAACUAUUGCAGCACUGGCACCAUUAGCAACAUUAUUAUUAGUUUCAUUAGUUGUAGGUGGAUAUAUACUUUAUAAAAAGAAAAGAACACCAGGUGGUUCACAAAAUCCACGCGGUGUGGAAGAUGGCAAAGAAUUAAAACAAGUCAAGGACUUUACGGUUGGAAAAUAUAAUGUUGGUAAUAUUCUUUAUUCUGUUCCAGUGGAUCUUAGUGAAAUUGAACCCAUAGAACAAAUAUUUGGUAAAACUAUUGUUAUUGAAGAUAAAAAUUGUACAGUUUAUGGAGAAGGUUCUAGUAAGCCAUCAGUUGGAAGUGGUCUUAAUAAAAGAGCUGUUAUCACAUUGGAUGAGUGUUGGGCAAUAAAUAAACUUACUCGUCAACCAAUAAAAGAUCCAAAAGAUUCUCAAUAUCAACAACAUAUCCUUAGACUAAAGAAUAUACCCAAUACAAAAUUUAUUACAUUUGCUCCAGCAACCGGAAGUUGGGUGUUUGAAGUAGAAGAUUUUACUAUUAAUGAAGGUGUAAAAGUUCUUAAUGAAGCAAGGUUCCACGGUUCAUAUGAAGUUAUUUCCACUAUAUGUCCUGGGGAUCAAGCCAGUCGAGCAGAUAUUAAUACAAGUUAUAGUCAACAAAUUGAUCGAUUACAAGAUGAGGCACAGCAACUUCUUUUUGAAUCGAAAUAUUUUAAAUACGAUCUAAGCUACCUGAGAUAUCCAUAUAGUUUAUUUUUUAUGCUUAAUAAUAAUAACAAAUGUUCAAGUUACAGUGACAUAUUUGUUACAAUAAUGCUAUCAGACACUGGAAGGCCUGGAUUUAGCUACUUUCUAAAUACUCCUUGCGAAGAUUGGGGUGUUCUUCAAUACCAUAAGGCAUGGAAAGCUGCCAAACUUACUAUGGAUAAAGCUUCUGUAACAAGAGCAAUUGAAAAACAAAUACAUUAUAUAACUAUUCAUGGUUCAGGAAAGGAGAAACAGAAUGCAAUACGUUUCCAGAAACAAUUCGAGCUACCCAUGGGACUACGUCUCCGCAUGGUUAUGGACCACGCCUCCGCUGCAGGCUGUAAUACUUUGGUUAGGAAUUUAAAUGUUUUAUAUCAUUUUGCUAUUCUGUUGAAGGAUGGACAAAAUCAUGCAUCUAUAAAGAUUGAAUUAAAACAUGAUGGUGAUAAUGUGAUAAUAAUUUGUUUGAUCACAAGAGCUGAUAAUAGAACUCUCAGAAUAUAG